AUGGCUCUGAGUGACCUCCUCUACCCAGAUAACCCGAAGAGACGUCAAGAAGUGAUCCGUCUGCACCAGGAGCUGCUGGACUGCAUGUUGGUUAAUUUCCAUGCCACAGACGAACUGAUUGCAGUACUGAAUGCACACUUGGGGUGCACAAUUGCCCAGAUUAAGAUGGAAAAGGGUGGCACCAUCAAGGAAAACUGUGACAUUAUCAUCCAAGCCAUGAGUGAGAUCCAACGGGAAGUAUGGAAGAUUGACAAAGAAAUGAAGGAAAUGCUGGAGCCAAUGCUGUACCAAAAGCUUUAUGAUAUCAAAGAGCCAGAGGUGGAGAAAAUUGCAAUAGCACACAAAGUUUUUUCGAUUGUUCUAGGAGAAGCUACUUCCAUUGCUGGUAUGGUAGCUGUAAAACUAGUCGGCUCAAAUGUUAUAAUUGUUGCUGUUAACAAGUUGGUCACUCUGCUAGCCCAGAUUGGUGCUUCUGUUCUUGGAGGUAUUGGCAUUGCCAUUCUUGGGCUGGGUAUUGACGUGAUCCUCCAGGCCAUCCUGGGAGCAGUCGAGAGGGAUCAACUUCUGGCAAUUGUUAAAAGUUAUGAGGAGCAUCUGGCCGAAUUUAAGGCAGCCUCAGAAAAAUAUCAGCAUGCCAUAACUGAAGUAACUUCUAUGGUGAAAUGUAAAAUUAAAUGA